AUGGAGGUCAGCCGAAGGCCUCGGUCUCCGCCCGUCGCGGCAGAGAUUGAGCUGCACCUCACGCUGGACAAAAACCAUCCGGACGAGGCAGAUGUUUCUCAGGUUGCGCCGCAAAACACCCUUGCUCCAAGCGAAUAUCAGACGAAAUCGAAGCCAUCUUUGUUUGCUGAUGACUUUCGUCGUCUAUCAAUAAGCCCAGCUCCGAGCGGACGACUAUCACCACUCCCUAAUGGACCGUAUAAUCAGACAGGAUUCUAUCAGCCUCCCCCGGAAGCGUCGUCGUCCCGGCUAAAGCAGUUCUGGGUACGAAACAAACCGUCCAUACUGGUAGCUGUCUCCCAGUUAUUCGGGGCCUUGAUGAAUCUCAGCGCUCGACUGCUGGAGUUGGAUGGCGAUGGGAUCCAUCCGGUACAAGUCCUCCUCCUUCGACAAGGACUCACGGUCGUCUGCUGCUUCGUUUAUAUGUGGUGGAAAAGUGUUCCCGAUUUUCCGUUUGGCAAAAAGGAAAUUAGAGGGCUCUUGCUGCUUCGCGGCUUUUCGGGAUUCUUUGGCAUUUACGGCAUGUGGUACUCCAUGAUGUAUUUACCACUUGCUGAUGCCACCGUCAUUACCUUUCUUGCCCCUGGAAUUGCCGGUCUGUUGUGUUACUUUGCUCUGCACGAGCCCUUCACGAGACCGGAGCAAAUUGCCACGGCCGUCGCCCUUUUGGGAGUGGUUCUUAUUGCACGGCCGGUUUCCUUGUUCACAGCCCUCUCUCCAUCUGAAGAUCAGAUGGUGGACUCUCCCGAGCAAGUGGACGGGGCCUUUCCUAGCCUCGAACAUGAGGCAACGGCCGAGGAACGACUGGUGGCCGUUGGCGUUGCGCUUCUAGGCGUGUUGGGAGCUGCCGGUGCAUUCACAUGCAUUCGCACCAUUGGAAAACGUGCCCAUCCCCUGAUUUCGGUCAACUUCUUCGGCAUGGCAUGUACCAUCAUCUGCGUCCUAGCACUGACUCUGGCACCAAGAUUCAAUAUCAGCCAGCCUCACUUGAGGUGGAUCACGCCAAAGUCAUGGAAAGGAUGGUUUCUGCUUCUAUGGAUAGCAGUGCCCGGCUUCAUAAUGCAGUAUCUUCUGACUGCGGGACUGGCAGCCGAUACGUCCAACAGAGCGAAUGCCAUGAUUUACACCCACAUGUUGUUUGCAGUCAGUUUUGACCGAUGGAUAUUCGGCCAUAGCAUGAGCAUGAUUAGCUUCGCUGGUUGUGCGCUCAUCUUGGGGAGUGCCAUCACUGUCGUUUUGACGAAGAACCCGCCAGCUCGAACGGCCAACGACGUUGAGAGACAGGGGAAUAUAGAAGGAGAAGCGGAAGGCUCUCCGAUGCUCAUCGAUACAGGAGGGAAUGCUGAAGGAAUCAAUCUGAGGAGAGUUUGA